AUGGCGCCAAUCAAGCGCAAGGGGAACGCCCCCGAGGAAACAGCUGCUCGCCAGCCCCAAAAACGUGCUAAGGUUGGAGCGGAGGAGAGCAAAAAAGAGCAUAAGGAAAACGAUGCCGCCUCCACUGCCGCGAAAGCCACAGAGCUUUCGGUACUGCGCGACGACGAGCCUUCGUUCCCUCGUGGUGGUGCAAGCGUCCUGACCCCAUUGGAGCGCAAGCAAAUCCAGAUACAGGCCAACAAGGAUGUUCUGUUCGAGCAGAAAGGAUCCCAGAAGCCUUCGAAGAAGCCCUCCACCACCUUCGAAGAGGAGAGCGACAAUGACGUUGAAAUGGAGGAUGAGGAGACAACCACAACCUCUAAGAAGUCACGGAAGAAGAAGACAAAGGGCAAGAAGUCUACAGACAAGGAUUCGACUGAAAAGCAAGAAGUUCGCAUUGAGGGCCUUAGCUUCAAGCGCCUUGUUCCUGGUACCAUGAUUCUCGGUCAAGUUUCGAGCAUCAACGCCCACGACAUCGGCCUUUCGCUGCCCAAUAACCUUACCGGAUACGUCCCUCUUACAGCCGUGUCUAAGGGACUCGAGGACAAGAUUGAGAAGAUGUUGAAUGAUGAGGGAGAGGAUGACGAUGAGGACAGCUCGGAUGACGAGUCGUUCGAUCUGAAGGAGCACUUCUAUCUGGGUCAAUAUUUGCGAACAUUCGUUGUCUCCACUGGUGGCAACCCCACUGAUCCCAAGGCUCGGAGCAAGAAGCACAUUGAGCUGUCAAUCGAUCCCAGACAAACCAACACCGGCCUCACAAAGUCCGAUCUCGUCGUGAACUCGGCUGUUCAGGCAUCCGUUGUUAGCGUGGAGGACCACGGUGUGGUUAUGGACCUUGGUAUUGAGGGCUCGGACGUGAAGGGAUUCAUGUCCUCCAAGGAGAUUGAUCCUCGUGUGGACUACUCGAAUCUCAAGGAAGGAUCUGUUUUCCUCUGUAUGAUCACUGGUCAGAACCCCAGCGGCAAUGUCAUCAAGCUGUCCACCAACUUCCAAACGUCCGCCUCGAUCAAGAAAUCGAACUACCUCAGCUCGGCUCCCACAAUCAACACCUUCCUCCCCGGUGCUGCCGCAGAAAUCCUCCUUACCGAAGUCACAUCAAGCGGCAUGAUCGGAAAGAUCAUGGGAAUGCUCGACGCAACCGUCGAUCUGGUUCAGUCUGGUGCCAACAACGGCAAGAUUGACCUGGAGAACAAGUUCAAGAUGGGUGCCAAGAUCAAGGGUCGCAUUGUUUCUACUUUCCCGUCUGCCGAGCCCUUCAAAGUUGGCUUCUCGAUGCUCGACCACGUCCUCAAGCUUUCUUCUGAUCCCCGUGGUCCCCGUUCCUCUGAUGAGGCGCCUGCUAUCUCCGCCAUCAUUCCCGAAGCGAAGAUCGUGAAGGUUGACCCCGGUAUGGGUGUGUAUGCUCAGAUUGGAGAGACGAAGCACAUUGGUUUCGUCCACAUGUCAAGGCUCUCCGACGGCAAGGUCGAGACCAUUGAGGAAACCUCCGGUGCUUUCAAGCUCGACGCUGUCCACGAGGCCAGAGUUGUCGGUUACAACGCCGUCGAUAACCUCUACCUUCUCUCAUUCGAGAAGUCUGUUAUUGAGCAGCCUUUCCUCCGCGUUGAGGAUGUCACCGUUGGUGCCAUCGUCAAAGGAAAGGUCGAGAAGCUCUUGAUCGGUGCCAAUGGCAUGGACGGAUUAAUCAUUAACCUGGCCGAUGGAAUCACUGGUCUUGUUCCAUCCAUGCACUUCGCCGACACCCAGCUUCAGUUCCCUGAGAAGAAGUUCCGUGAGGGCCAGAAGCUUUCACUGAGGAUUCUCUCCGUCAACGUCGAGAAGCGCCAGAUCCGCUUGACCCUGAAGAAGAGUUUGCUCAACAGCGAGUCUGCCAUCUGGAAGGACUAUAAGGACAUCACUCCUGGGUCUCAGUCCCCUGGUACCAUUGUCAGCCUUCAGACCCACGGCGCUGUUGUCCAAUUCUACGGUGACGUCCGUGCUUUCCUUCCGGUUUCCGAGAUGAGUGAGGCCUACAUUAAGGACCCUGCCCAGCAUUUCAGACAGGGACAGGUCCUCAAUGUGCACGCUUUGAGUGUGGACGCCGCCCUCGGCAGACUCACCGUUUCUUGCAAGGAUCCUUCUACAUUCACUGAGCAGUACCGCAAGGCCUUUGAGACUCUUCACCCCGGUCAUCUUGUUAGCGGAACCGUCUUCGAGAAGUCCAACGAGGAUGUUCUCCUCAAGCUCGACGAGUCUGGUCUCAUUGCUCGUAUCGACUCCCAGCAUAUCAUUGACGGAGCCCCUCCAAGCAAAGCUCGAUGA